AAGACUGCAAGUGACGUCACUUGCGGAAGCGCAGGUGUAUGAGAGAGCACGUGCCCGAGUCCAGUGCAGUUCUAUGUGUUCUCUUCUUCAGAACCUUGGAGAGCUCCAUUCCCACUGUCCCGCUCGAGUCUGAGCAGAUCACGUGAUCUCUCCUGCCUGGCGAUGAGUCGCCUUCAGAACCACAGUGCCGCAGUUUUUUUUUUUCUUAUUGAUGCAUGAGUGUCGGGUGAAGCGCAGAAAGUUAAAAACACCGAAACACGAGUCACUCCAACAAAAGCAGGAAAAAGCCCCAGAGCCUCCAGAGAAUCGUGACUCGCGGAGAAAGAGCAAUGCGUCACGGGUGGGUGUGGUCUUCGUAUCCACGUACAGACAUACAGUCAUCAAAUAUCCUCACUAUGAUCCUAACGCGCUCAUUCUGCUCCCCUGCCCCCCGUCGCGUUACAUUCAGCGGGGCUGCUCGCUUUACAACUAUUGAUUUCCUCUCUCUCUCUCUCUCUCUCUCCCUCCCUCCUUCUAUCUCUCUCUCUCUCCAUCACUUCUUAUCUUUUCUUCAAGUGCUGCAGAGAGCGCGGCCGCUGCUGCAUUGUGAGGAGAGAAAGAAUAACGCUAAAGGAAGAUCCGCGUUCACGCGCUCAGAUGGCCGCGCGCCCGUGAAAUCUGGACUCGCGCACAUUCGUUCCCUUCUGCUCUGAGUGAAUGAAGCUGUCCGUCAGAAGGAACCACAUACAUCACACUCUCCUGUCUUCCUCCAGACCCCUCGUCUCUGAUCUCGUUCCCCAAAACUCACGUUUGAUUCCUGACUGCUGGAAUCCACUUCUGCUGCAAACAGCUGAACUCUGCCCAGAUGGAGGACCCAUACAGAGACAGGACGUCUCUGGUCAAAGGCGCUCGUGACAUCGCCAAGGAGGCCAAACGCCACGCCGCCAAGAAGGUCAGCAAAGUGGUGGACCGCGCUUCGAACGAAUACAGCAGCCGCAGCUACAACCGCUUUGAAAAUGAGGACGCCGAUGAAGACUGUUAUCAGGACGGCCAGGCUCAGCGAGAGGAUGACGAGGGAUCCAGCGAUGCCACAGAGGGCCACGACGACGAGGACGAAAUAUACGAGGGCGAGUACCAGGGCGUGCCUGCAGGGGGCGGGGCUACGGAUGGGCGUGGCCAGGUGGCGAUUGGCCAGCUGUUGACGGAUGGAAUGAAGGACAAGCGUGAGCUGGAGAAGGAGAGAGAGGCGGAUGAAGAGGAGCUGGCGCAGCAGUACGAGCUCAUCAUCCAGGAGUGUGGACACGGACGCUUCCAGUGGCAGCUGUUCUUCGUGUUGGGCCUGGCGCUCAUGUCUGACGGGGUGGAGGUGUUCGUGGUGGGCUUUGUGCUGCCCAGUGCUGAGACGGACAUGUGUGUGCCCAACUCUGGAGCCGGAUGGCUGGGCAGUGUGGUGUAUCUGGGAAUGAUGGUGGGAGCGUUCUUCUGGGGCGGUCUGUCAGAUAAAGUGGGUCGCCGUCAGUGUCUGCUGGUGUGUAUGUCAGUCAACGGCUUCUUCUCCUUCCUGUCGUCCUUCGUUCAGGGCUACAGCACCUUCCUCUUCUGCAGGAUGCUCUCGGGGUUUGGGAUUGGCGGUGCGGUUCCCAUCGUGUUCUCAUAUUUCGCCGAGUUCCUGGCCCGUGAGAAGCGCGGGGAACACCUGAGCUGGCUCUGUAUGUUCUGGAUGGUGGGCGGGAUCUACGCCUCAGCCAUGGCCUGGGCCAUCAUUCCACACUACGGCUGGAGCUUCAGCAUGGGUUCAGCGUAUCAGUUCCACAGCUGGCGUGUGUUUGUGGUCGUCUGUGCGUUGCCUUGUGUUUCGGCGGUCGUGGCACUCACAUUCAUGCCAGAGAGUCCUCGCUUCUACCUCGAGAUUGGAAAGCAUGACGAAGCGUGGAUGGUCCUCAAACAGAUUCAUGACACCAACAUGCGUGCGCGCGGAGAGCCUGAGAAAGUGUUUACUGUGAACCGUAUAAAGAUCCCCAGGCAGCUGGACGAGCUGGUGGAGAUGCAGUCCGAGUCAGCAAACCCUGUGGCCAAAGUCUUCUUCAGGAUCAAGAGAGAACUGCGCGGAAUCUGGCUCACGUUCAUGAAGUGCUGGGAUUACCCCGUCAAGGACAACACUGUGAAGCUGGCCGUGGUUUGGUUCUCGCUGUCCUUCGGGUACUACGGUCUGUCUGUCUGGUUUCCUGACGUCAUAAAGCACCUGCAGGCGGACGAGUACGCGUCCCGUGUGAAGAUCCACAACAACGAGAGGAUCGAAGAUUUCACCUUUAAUUUCACCCUGGAGAACCAGAUCCAUAAGAACGGAGUGUUUAUCAAUGACAGAUUCAUUGGCAUGAAGUUUAAGUCUGUGAGUUUCAUCGACUCCAGCUUUCAGAGCUGUUACUUUGAGGACAUCAGCUCCAUCGGUUCCUUCUUCAAGAACUGCACCAUCAUAGAAGCCUUCUUCUAUAAUACAGACAUCGACGACUCGAAAUUCAUCGGCUCCUCUGUGAUCAACUCCACGUUUGCGCACAACAAGACCGGCUGCCAGAUGACGUUUGAUGACGACUACAGCGCGUACUGGGUGUAUUUCAUCAACUUCCUCGGCACGCUAGCCGUCUUGCCAGGCAACAUCGUCUCGGCCCUCCUCAUGGAUAAAGUGGGCCGUCUGAGCAUGCUAGGCGGCUCGAUGGUGUUGUCUGGCAUCAGUUGUUUCUUUCUGUGGUUCGGCACCAGUGAGUCCAUGAUGAUAGCGAUGCUCUGCCUUUAUAACGGACUCAGUAUAUCGGCCUGGAACUCACUGGACGUGGUGACGGCCGAACUGUAUCCCACCGACAGGAGAGGAACUGGCUUUGGCUUUUGUAACUCCAUGUGUAAGCUGGCCGCAGUCUUGGGGAAUCUAAUAUUUGGGUCAUUGGUGGGAAUCACGAAAUCCAUCCCGAUCCUGUUGGCGUCGUCUGUGCUGGUCGCUGGAGGCCUGGUGGGUCUGCGGCUCCCCGACACACGCUCCAACGUCCUCAUGUGACCCCACCACACCUGUGACCUCUGACCCUGAGUCAUCACAGAAACACGCUCAGGGUGCAGGUGGAGGCGACGACGAUGUGUUUGCUUUAUUUGUUAAUUUAAAGUGUGUUAUUCGUUCAUUUAGAAAUGUACCCAGUUUAGAUCAAAACUAAAUUCGAUUUUAGACGGUGAGUUUUUGACCUAAUCUGGGUGGGCACUAUUAUUAUUUUUAAUUAUUUAUUUAAAUUUGUAUUAUUGUAUUAUUUUAUCUUUAUUAUUUUUAGCUGAACACACACAAAAAAAAAAAUUCAGGUGAUUUUAAUGUUGGGUUUUUUUUAUAUUAAAGUGUUAAUUUUUUGGUUUUAAAUUAUGCUUUUUAACCCAAACGAGAGUAAAAAAAAGGUCAUUUAGAGAUGUAGAGAUUAGCUUUUUUUGUUAGCAUUGGUCUGAUUCUCCAGUGGCUUCCACCGGAAUAUUUCUUAAACAAGACGAUAACGAUUAUCCAGUUUACAUUUUCUGCUUUUUAUAAAGAUUUAGUUAACAGACGAACACCGACACGCUUUAACUUCAUUCUUGCCUUGGUGAACUUGUCAUCGAUUUAGCCCAAACGGACUUCAUUUGGUGUUUUUCUCUUUUAAAGACGUCUUGAUAACCCAGCUACGCUUCCAUGUGCAAAUCUUCCUCGGAAAACUGAAUGGCCUUUGCUUUUUCUCCGUGCCUCCUUCCUGUAAACCCCUCCCGUCAGCUUCUCGUAGGUUGUAGCGAUCCAUCGUUCAGCAGAACUGAGCGUGUGUCCGAUUUAUUUUGGGAUGCUCUACUGCUCCAAUAGCUGGAAAUAUUGUGUUUCAUCACAUUCCACUGGAAGUUCGUACAUGCAGUUGUGCAAUAUGACAGGACGUGAUACCAUCGAAGCCCAUCUCUGCGAAGAUAAAAGUUAAUUGCGACUUUUUAUCAUACACAAUUUUAAAUUUUUUUGCAAGUUAAUAUCUCGCCAUUAACAAUUUGGACCUUUUCUCGCAAUUUUGACCUUUUCUCGCAAUUGGGAGUUUGUCUCACAGUUCUGAGUUUCUAAUGAUUGCAAGGUUAUAUAAUGAACAACAAUUCUGACUUUAUAACUUGCAAUUGUACAUUUAUAUAACAAUAAUGAGAGAAAAUGUCAGAAUUGCUAGAUUGUAUUUCGCAAAACCACGCAACUGCGAGUUUUUGACACACAUUUCUGAAAUAUUUCUUGCAAUUAUGACUUUUUCGCAAUUGCGAAUUUAUAAAACAAUGAUGCAAAAAAAGUCAGAAUUGUGAGUUUCUAUUUAGUUUAUCUCGCAAUUCUGAUUUUUUUCUUGCAUUUCUGUAAUUGAGAGUUUAUGUUUUGCUAUUCUGACUUUAUUAAUCAUAACUGCAAGAAAUAAAGUCAGAAUUACGAGAUAUAAAUUCACAAUUUAGAAUUCUGAUUUCAUAUCUCACAGUUCUGACUUUGUAACAUGCAACUGCAAGUUUUUAACACUUAUUGCAAUUCUGACUUUUUUGCAUUUGUGUAUUUAUAUAACAAUGAUGCGAGAAAAAGUCAGAGUUGCAAGUUUCUAUCUUGCAAUUCCGACUAUUUCUCACAAUUGCAAGUUUAUCUAGUAAUUCAGAUUUUCUUGCAUUUUUACAGUUUUGAGUUAAUCUCCUGCUAUUCUGACUUUAUUAAUCAUAACUGCAAGAAAUAAAUUUAGAAUUUUUCUCACAAUUCUGAUUUUAUAUCUCACAGUUCUGACUUUGUAACAAGCAACUGCAAGUUUUGACACACAUUUCAGAAUUUUUCUUGUAAUUCUGAAUUUUUCUCGCAAUUUUGAACUUAUAUAACAAUGAUGACAGAAAAAGUCGGAAUUGUAAGUUUAUAUCUCGCAAUUCCGAAUAUUUCUCACAAUUGCAAUUGUGAUUUUUUUCAUUGCAUUUCUGCAAUUGAGUUUAUAUCAUGCAAUUCUGUUAAAAUAAAAACAGUCCGAAUUGUAUGAUAAAAAGUUGCAAUUACCUUUUUUUACAGUAAAUGGGCUUCCAUAUGAAACGCCCGCAUCCUAGAAAAUAAAAAGCCAUUCAGCCUGGUCUGGUCUUUAUGACGUACAGACUCUGCUGCUGCUGUCUACAUGCACUGAAGUAUACACUAAACACCAGAAACAGACUCCACACAAGUAAACUAGUCCGCUGCGUCAACACUGAGAUAUUACAGAUGGAGUUUGCAUUCACGGACUUGGGUAUACAUAUGUUUCUGGCCUAAUUUAAUAAUAUUUUAUUGUGUGUAUGUCAGGAAAGUAAUUUGUUUUGAACCCAUCAUGGGUGAAAACAUUUGCUGUACUCGUCUAAAUGUUGUAAAGUGUUGCCUGUUGAGUUUGAAACAUUAUUUUGCAUUGUCAGAUGUGUAUGCUAAUGUCUCCUCAUGUGUAUGUGUAGAUAUCUUGUAUUUAAUGAACAUUAUUUUCUGUCUGUAGAUGUUUUUUUUUGUCUGGUUGUGUGAUUUUCUGGGUGUUAUUUAAGCUGACAAGAGUAUUCAGUGUCAUACAGGUAUUUAUUAUUAUUAUUAUUAUUAUUAUUAUUAUUAUUAUUAUUAUUUAAUGUACAAGUUUGAACAAAUUCCGGUCUUGUUUUUUUUUUUUUUUUUUUUUUUUUUUACAAAAUCAUUUGGCCUAUAUGAAAAAUUUGAAAAACGUGUGAUAUCUUGUGGUUAAAUGCACCCAUGCAUGUGAAUAUUGAUACUUUGUGUUGCAGUGAUUUGUUAAUCCUGAUUUGAAAGAUGAAUGUAUCAUUAUUGUGAGCGUGUGAUGUUGUUCUGAAAUGCGUUUGGAUUGGUUGUGGAUCUUGCAAAUUCAUUUUGUCGAAGUGUCUGUGUUGCCACUGGCCAAAUAUCUCAGAUAUAUCUGAUUUUAUUUUGAAAAGAAAGAAAAAAGUGCCAUGUACAGUGUGAAUGGAAACUGAAGUGGAUUCGCUCUGGAUCCAGAUGUACUGCUAUUAAAGAGUUUCAUUAUAAGA